AGGUGAAUCGCAGCUGGCUGGGGAUAUAUGUGUAUGUACAUAUAUCUACAAACUUGUGUGGCUAAAUUCAUUGUUAGUUAAUACAGUUUAUCAAUUUAUUACUCAAUAGCUUGUCGGCAGUCGGAAAGCAAGCAGCAACCGUACAUUUUUUGAUAAGGAUCUUUUAGCGUGUAUUCAUAUUGACCUUGGUGGUUAGAAAUGGCAGCGACAUCAGCAGAUCGAUUAGAUGUCAUAAUAUUUGGAGCUAGUGGUUUUACCGGAAAGUAUACGGUAUAUGAAGCGGUAUCCGUUCUUAAUGGACUCCGUUGGGGCGUUGCGGGCCGCAAUCGUGAGAAACUGCAGCAGGUGCUGAAAGAAAUGGGUGCAAAGGCCCAAAAGGAUUUAUCUCAGAUUCCCAUUAUCGUAGCGGAUGUGUUCGAUGAAGCAUCACUCCUGGAAAUGGCCAAACGUUGUCGCAUUGUGGUUAACACGGCGGGACCAUAUCGCUUCUACGGCGAGAAGGUGGUCAGCGCCUGCAUUGAGGCUGGAACACACCAUGUGGAUGUCAGUGGCGAACCGCAGUAUAUGGAAACAAUGCAAUUGAAGUACAAUGAGCGGGCCAAGGAGCGUGGCGUUUAUAUAGUUAGUGCUUGUGGUUUUGAUUCCAUACCGGCCGAUAUGGGUGUUAUCUUUGUGGAGAAGAAUUUCGAUGGUGUUGUCAAUUCGGUGGAAACAUUUAUCGAGAGCGGCAUGAAGGAUGGAGCUCCAACAGACGUUGGCAACGCAGGUCUGAAUUAUGGCACUUGGGAAAGUGCAGUCUUUGGUCUGGCCCAUGCGGAUGAAUUGCGUGCCAUACGAAAGGGCCUGUUCCCGAGGCGUCUACCCAAAUUCUAUCCCGUUUUAAAGCAACGUCCGUUGAUGUUCCGUUCCACAGAGGUUGACAAGGUUUGCCUACCCUUUCCGGGCUCAGAUCGUUCAGUGGUAAUGAGGUCGCAACGCUUCCUCUACGAUAAUGACAAGAAACGUCCAGUCCAGAUGCAUGCCUAUAUUUGUUUCCCCUCAUGGCUGGUUGCCAUUACUGUUGCAUUCUUUGCCAGCAUUUUUGGUUUGAUGGCCAAAUUUCAGGUUGGACGACGUCUGCUUCUUCAGUAUCCCGGCUUCUUUUCAGCCGGUCUGGCCUCAAAAUCGGGACCCAGUGAGGCGGCCAUGGAGAACAGCUUUUUCAAAAUGACUAUCAAAGCCAAUGGCUGGCCAAAAUCAGAUCGCUUGGCAGAGUCAACCGAUCAAUAUACCGAGCCGCCCAACAAGACUUUAUCGGUUCGUGUAACAGGUCCAAAUCCUGGCUAUGGUGCUACCUGUGUGGCUCUACUAUCCACUGCUCUGACCAUUCUGCGAGAGAGCGAUAAAAUGCCCGGCACUGGUGGCGUUUUACCACCGGCGGCUGCCUUCUCUAAAACUAGCCUAAUCAGCGAGCUGGAGAAGCAUGAGCAUGGCAUGAAAUUCGAAAUUUUAGCCAAUAAGUAAAUCCUGUGUCUUAAUGUUAUAUCUUUUAUUCCAUAUUUGGCUCUAAGCUUGUACGAACGCUCUCUCUCUCUCUUUUACAUAGAUGUAGUGGUUUAUAAAUUCAAAUAAAUAAUGUUAAUUGCUUAAAUAUGA